AACGUCAUAGCGGCUAAGGACACUGGAUGCAUAGAAUUCUGCCGAUCUUAGCACCUUUGGCUUUUACCAGAAGUACCAUUCCUCCAGGUCGGAAACCCUAUCCCCUCCUUUUUUUGUGUCAAUCGCCAUCCUACGACAACCUGAGCGAGGAACGAAGACGGGGAGGGGGAGGCGAGGACACACCCGCAUUCUGUACCUCUCCAACGCCGGUGCGCGUGAGUGGUGAUGCUGCAGACAACAUGAUGAUCGUAUUAUUAACGGUCCCGAAUAGGAAAUAGAUUCGUUUCUUCUUCUCAUGAUCUAAAUCACCGGAGGGAUUAGCACCGGAGGGAUUGUUGGCCACUGGCUAUUUACUCCCUAAUACCAAGUGACCAAUGGGAACAGCAACUAACACCCCGUUUUCAACAAGGUGAAUGCUGACAGAUCCAUCCAUGAGGUGAGCCAACCGGUCUUUACGGCAUUGAACCCCCUCCCUCUCCUCCAUCCCCCUCCCUACAGUUUCCAGGCUGCAGGGCCCAGCCCCACUGAAAAGUGCAGGCGCCUGCUCUCCCCGCAGAAUGACUGUAGCCACUGGUGACCCCUCUGAUGAGGCGGCAGCACACCCGGGGAACCCGGCUGAGUACGACCCUGACGCUGACCAUGAGUGCUGCGAGAGAGUGGUCAUCAACAUCUCUGGGCUGCGUUUUGAGACACAGCUUAAAACCCUCUCCCAGUUCCCCGAUACUCUGCUGGGGGACCCCAAAAAGAGGAUGCGCUACUUCGACCCACUGAGAAACGAGUACUUCUUCGAUCGCAGCCGAACCAGCUUUGAUGCCAUUCUCUAUUUUUACCAGUCAGGAGGGAGGCUACGGCCGGCCAAUGUGACCCUUGAUAUUUUCUCAGAGGAGAUACGUUUCUAUGAGUUGGGGGAUGAAGCCAUUGAGCUGUUCAGAGAGGAUGAGGGUUUCGUCAAGGAGGAAGAGAGGCCCCUUCCUGACAAUGAGUUUCAGAGACAAGUGUGGCUGCUGUUUGAGUACCCAGAGAGCUCAGGACCCGCUAGGAUUAUCGCUAUCAUCUCCGUCAUGGUCAUCCUCAUCUCUAUCGUAAGCUUCUGUCUGGAAACCCUGCCCAUCUUCCGCAACGACGACGACGAACCGCACAGUGUCUUUGACACCAACACCAACACCACAAUCUACUUCACGUCCACCUACUUCACUGAUCCAUUCUUCAUCCUGGAGACGCUCUGCAUCAUCUGGUUCUCAUUUGAGUUCCUGGUGCGCCUCUUUGCCUGCCCCAGCAAAUCAGGCUUCUUUGGUAACGUCAUGAACAUCAUUGACGUUGUUGCCAUUAUCCCCUACUUCAUCACACUGGCCACAGAGCUGGCUGAGAAACCAGAGGAUGGCCAGGCUGGUCAGCAAGCCAUGUCCCUGGCUAUUCUCAGGGUCAUCCGUCUAGUGCGAGUCUUCCGAAUCUUCAAGCUGUCACGACACUCCAAGGGACUUCAGAUCCUGGGCCAGACCCUGAAGGCUAGUAUGAGGGAGCUGGGUCUGCUGAUCUUCUUCCUCUUUAUUGGAGUCAUACUGUUCUCCAGUGCCGUCUACUUUGCGGAAGCUGAUGAGCCCGAGUCACAGUUUGAAAGCAUCCCUGACGCCUUCUGGUGGGCUGUUGUCUCCAUGACGACAGUAGGUUAUGGCGACAUGGUCCCGACCACCAUUGGUGGCAAGAUUGUGGGCUCCCUCUGCGCCAUUGCAGGUGUGCUGACAAUUGCCUUGCCCGUGCCUGUCAUCGUUUCCAACUUCAACUACUUCUACCACCGUGAGACGGAGGGCGAGGAGCAGGCCCAGUGCCUAGGCCCAGUCGCCAAAGAGGACUCGAAUGAAGAGCUGAAGAAGAGCCGGAGCGGCUCCACCAUCAGUAAAUCAGACUACAUGGAGAUCCAGGAAGGGGUGAACAACAGUAUUGAGGACCUCCCAGAAGAGAACCUCAAGACUCAGGCCAACUGCACUACGCUGGCCAACACAAACUAUGUCAACAUCACCAAAAUGCUCACAGAUGUGUAGCCAGCUGGCAUUGUCCUCUCAGUGAGGUUGAGAGGUCAAAGGAUGGGGCAGGUGUGUAGCCUCCCAUUUCACAUGUGCUGCUGGAAUCUCAAGGCAAUAGAUUCAGGACGUAUAACUGUACUCAUCAUUUCUUUAUGAUGAAAAACACCAGAAACUAUGUGCUCACUCCUCCCCUAACUCCCACUGCUAACUCCCACUGUUAGCGCCUCACACCUUGCCCUCAUACUGACCUUCUGUCAGACUUAAAAUCUUAUAAUCAAAAUUCUGCGUGUUGAUGUCUGCAUGGAGUUGGCUUUGUCAGUGUGACUAUUCCAAUAGUAAAAUGACCUGCUCACAACGGUAGUACAAAAAAGAGGAGAAAUGUAGCUAAAAAAGGUGAUUUAUCGCUUCCAGAAUAACCCCACCACCAAUCCUGCUUCAGCCCCCCUGCACCUGCCGCUACCCUGGUCUCCCUCCAUCGUCAAAGGUACACUUUGCUUCCUGUUUGCGUGCUACAAAAUGCUGCUUCCUGGAGCAAACUAAACAAACCCGUCCUGUGGUGAACUACUUGGAGAUUACAGAACGUGUGAACAUAAGGCGGACAUGCUCCGUUGCUGCCCACUGGGCAGGUCUAUUUUUGAUUUACAUUUGGUUGAGUUGUCAGCUAACGUGAAUUCAAAAUGAAAUCAACAAAACAUGUCACCAUGUCAUUGGAUUUAGGUUCAAAUUUGGGUGAAAAAAAUAUGAAAUUCCGUUACAUUGAAGACGUCAUUACAUUGAAUAUUUGGGUUGAAGUGAUGUGGAAACAACGUUGAUUCAUCCCGUUUUUGCCUGGUGGCUGAGGCCUGUCAUGGCCUGAGCCUGAGACACACGAGGAGUGUGGUACUGUAGUAGUCAUUCAAAAUAUAUACGGGAUGUAGGACAUCCAUCAGCUCCAUAAGCUUUAUAAUGGUUUCACAUCUUUUCUUCAGGAACAUCAGUAUCUGAUGAAUGACAAAAGGCCUUGACUUUUCACUGCUCUAGUCUUACAUCGUUUAUGUGUUUACUGUACAUGGCAACGCAAGCCUCCCUCCUCCACUCACCUGAACCUGUCUUACUGCAGCUCUGAGGACAAAGUGAAUGUCUCUUCCUCUUUCAUUUGUACUUAUUUACCACUUAACUCAUAUAGAUAGAUAAAUAGUUGUGACUGUAACCGUUACUGUAGCUAGAUAGGUACUGUAGGUAGUAACUGUAGCCAGUUGAUUGUUGCAUGGAGUUCUUAUCUGAAUGAGUAUUCUCACUCACACAACUAGCAUUGCUCCAAAGACACUGUUUAUUGUCUUGCCCUCUAUAACCUUCUAUCAUACAUAUGAAGGGAUGUCGAGAGGUUAUUAUCUAACAUACGUAGGUUACAAUGGUGUCUGAAAGGAUACCAUGCCCCAAACCAGCCCUAUAGCUUGGAGGAUAUUGUAUUCCGAACAUUUGACCUAAAUGUAACAUUCCAUGUAGAGUUCAUUGUCAUAGUCUUGUUGCCACACCGCUGAGCUGAAAACAUAGAGGUGUUUACAUACCACCGACAUUGCAGCUGUGCUGUAAUUUGAGGUAAAAUGCAUUAGUUAAUUAAUUACAGCACCCAUACAGUGUAGUUGCAGCAUUAAUCUCAGUUACAGACAGACUCGACUCACGGCUGCCUUGUUCAACUGGGUCCAUUGUGUCUUCAUGAUGAACCAUUGGGACGACUAAAGGGACAUGUAUAAAAUGAUGUUUCCUCCCUAAACUGCCUUUAAAACAAGUAGGCUUACUGAAUGCUGCUUUCCUAGUGUUGCAUGACCUCAAUACAUUCCUAGAAGCAUGAAUUGAAGAUCAAAGAUGCCUAUGAAAACUAUUUAAUACGAUACCUAUAUUUAUCUCAUUAUCUACUUACAUACUUUAAUCUGUGAUAACAAAGCAAUCUGGGACGUAUAAGAAGGGGAAUUUACAUUCAGCUGACGAUUUAGAGAUGAGGAUGACCAUGAUGGAGAUGAUAGCGUUAAUCCGAUAAUCCUUGAUGAUAUGCAGAUCGUUGCUAUGUUUGUUUUAUGAUAUGAACAAUGACACUUGUUUAUUUUCAGCACUGAUGGUGUAGCCCCGUUUCAGGGACUGUCUGUUGGACAGAGUGCCAAAGACAUGCAUGCCUAAUACACUAGCGAGUUCACAGGAGAAGUGGAGGUACAGUAAUAUAUCUAUGGUAGUUGCAUCCCUCAAUAAAAAAAUAUGAGCAUUAUCUAAAUAUUAUCAUACUUGAAGGAGAGAUGGUUUAUAUUGCCAACGGCUGAAGUAUGUAGCCGUGUAGCAACUCUGAACUACAGAGUUCUAGGUCUCUCACGACAUUGCUGAGUCUCCUGUCUUUCUACAUCUUUUCAUAGUGAACUUCAGGACACAGGAGAGUACUAGCAAAGCUGAGGAUGUUUAGCCAGCGCUAACAAAAUGGUGAAAUGGAUUGCGUCUAAUUUACCUUUUGGUCAAUAUUGGUUAGCAUAGCCACAAGGAUGUUAGCUUUGACUCUAAUGUGUCUGGUCUGUCUUCUCAUUUACGUUUUAGGCCUAAAUGUCUGCCACCAUUUCUGCAAUGUUUAUUCACGCUAGAUGGACAGAGGUGAGGUUCUUAGCUCCCGGUCCCUCCCUCUGUCCUCACCAUGUUCCUUUCCUAUCUUGUGUCUUCAAUUGGCAGUACCUUGUGCAACUGCAAUCGCUACUUAUUUUGGAGAGAUGAAAUGUGUUGGAAAGGAACUUGAAUUGAAAAAUAAUCUGGGUCUGGAACCCUGCUUAUUGAUGCUUCCAUUACUCUAACAUGAUGUUAUUAUGUUCACCCUUAUCCUAGCAGUAACACUUGUCAUCGAAUACCAAUGCACCACGCUGUCCAAAACACACAUCAUAUACAUCAACAGUGCAUGAUGUGGAUAGGUACACCAUUAUGUGGUGUGUGUGUGUGUGUGUGUGUGUGUGUGUGUGUGUGUGUGUGUGUGUGUGUGUGUGUGUGUGUGUGUGUGUGUGUGUGUGUGUGUGUGUGUGCGUGUGUGUGCGUGCGUGCGUGCGUCUGUGUGUGUGUGUGUGUGUAAGUGUGUGCAUGUAGAGCCCACCUCUGAAUGUCAGAAUCUUAGCUUGGUUGUACAGCUGCAUUAAAGUGACAGCCAUUCAUGCAUGUGUGCAUAGUAAGACAAAACUGCUCACAGUAUGACCAAAACAAGUCAUAGUCUAUGCAUGCAAAUGCUUUGUAUUUUUUAAAAUAAUUUUUCUAUUUGCUUUUUUCAAUGGACAGAUCUUCCCAAAACACAUCAUGAGAUAGCAUGCUUACCUAUUUUGUUUGAAUUGGGCACACUCUGAUUCAACACACACUCAAAUUUAGCAACAUAUCAAAAUAGAAACAUUGUAGUUGAGUCAACAGUUUGUUUACUAGAUGCUCUGAGCACAACCAUAUAUGGAGUAUACUCAUUUUUAUCAAUGUGCAGAAUUACUAUGUGAAAUGUUUAUAUAUUCCCAAAAUGGAGUGUCGCAAAAAUCGAAAAUGUACCUUUUGCUUUAUAGUAAUCAUUACGAGACCGUUACAACUCAAAGUGUACAGAGGGUUUCACCAGCUAAAGCACAGUCAGAAGGAUUCCCAACAGAAAAUGCUCUCAAAAGUCUAUGCAGAGAUGAACAGUUGAUUGGAAAUAUAAACACAAGGUUCAAACAAGCCAUGAAUAUGGGAAAACACAGAAAUACAGAAAAGUAGAGCAGUUUCAGAAUUGUGUUUUUGUUUCUCUGCAGAUUCUGGGUUGGUUUGAAUUUGAGUAUUGUAAGCGAUGAUGAGUGCCCCUCCACUUUUACGGCGAAGCACAGGCCCCAAUGAAUUCAAUCAAUAAAAAUAAAGGAAAACUGCACUGUGUGAUAAAAAAAAUGCUGAAUUGGAGGUCAUAAGUAACUGGGCUGAAAGUGAAUCCAUCCCGCAAGCUGUUCAUCUCGCCAACAUUGUCAUUGAAUAUGAGUGUAAAACCACACCUGACCUGUCCUGAAAAUACAGCAUAAACACUCUGAGUGAAAAAGCAGUUUGAUUUUCCUUUUGACCUGUAAUUGAUUUCAUUUGGGUCACAGUGAAAGCUUUGUACUGCACUGUAUGGUUUACAUCACCAACAAAGUAAACGUUCAAGUAGCUACACAAGUAGUAGCUAUUCAAUCGACUGUUUAUGCAUGUGUAUGUCAGAACAAGAGAGUGUGUUUCUGUGGUCUGAAAGUGAAUGACACCGUAGAAACACAGCUACAGUAUGUCUGGUACAGUAUAGCGCCUUCACCUUCAACACUGGCCUACCCCGACUGCAACUAUCAACUUUGGUACAAUGGACCAGAUUUUUUUUCUAUGAAAAGAAAUGUGAGGAAAAUACUGUACAUAACAACAAUGGAUUAUGGAGCCCCCAAAAAAUGGACAAUGUACUAUUAUGCUAAGUGAGGUCUGGAUUUAAAUGAGUGUGAUCUGCACACUACAGGAGCAAAAAGACAAUCUGUGGACAAGAAAAACAUGUCAAACUAAAAUGCAUAUAAUCCUUCAAAAUGACCAUAACCAUGAUAACAACGUCAUAUAAAUAACGAAGAAAAUAAUAAUGGAACCAAACUGUGUUUUGUGUGUUUUUACUGUGUGAAAGGCCUUUUUCCCCUUAUCCAUACAUGGUGGUAAAUUAGAUACAGUGCAUUCAGAAAGUAAUCAUACCCCUUGACUUAUUCCACAUUGUGUUGUUUUAAAGCCUUGAUUGUAAAUGUACAAACAAAUAUAUACAUUUCAUCCAUCAUCUACACAUAAUACCCCAUAAUGACAAAAUGAAAAGAGGUUUUUAGAAAUUGUGCACAUUUAUUGAAAUAUAAUACAGAAAUAAAUAAUAUACACCCCUGAGUCAAUACAUGUUAGAAUCAACUAACCAAAUACAGCUGUGAAUAUUCUGGGUAAGUCUCUAAGAGCUUUGCACACCUGGAUUGUACAAUAUUUGCACAUUGUCAUUUUUUUAAUUGUUCAGCUCUUUCAAGUUGGUUGUUGAUCAUUGCCAGAUAACCAUUUUUAAGUAAGUCUUGCCAUAGAUUUUCAAACCGAUCUAAGUCAAAACUGUAUCUAGGCCACUCAGGAACAUUCAAUGUCAUCUUGGUAAGUAACUCCAGUGUAUAUUUGGCCUUAUGUUUUAGGUUGUUGUCCUGCUGAAAGGUGAACUUGUCUCCCAGUGUCUGUUGGAAAGAAGACUGAACCAAGUUUUCCUCUAGGAUUUUGCCUUUGCCUCUAUUCCAUUUAUUUUUAUCCUAAAAAAAAACUCCAUAGUCCUUGCCGAUAACAAGCAUACCCAUAACAUGAUGCAGCCACCACCAUGUUUGAAAAUAUGAAGAGUGGUACUCAGUGAUGUGUUGUAUUUAGGACAUAAAGUUAAUUUCUUUGCCACAUUUUUAGCAGUUUUACUUUAGUGCCUUGUUAUAAACAGGAUGCAUGUUCUGUACAGGCUAACUUCUUUUAAGUUUGUCAUUUAGGUUAGCAUUGUGGCAUAAUUACAAUGUUGUUGAUCCAUCCUUAGUUUUCUCCUAUCACAGCCAUUAAACAACUCACCAUUGGCCUCAUGGUAAAAUCCCUGAGCGGUUUCCUUCCUCUCCGGCAACUGAGUUAGGAAGGACUCCUGGAUCUUUGUAGGGACUGGAUGUUUGAAGUGUAAUUAAUAACUUCACUGUGCUCAAAGGGAUAUUCAAUGUCUAUUUUACUUUAUACAUCUGCCAAUAGGUGCCCUUCUUUGCGAGGCAUUGGAAAACCUAUCUAGUCUUUGUGGUUGAAUCUGUGUUUGAAAUUCAAUGCUUAACUGAGGGACCUUAAAUAUAAUUGUAUGUGAGGGGUUCAGAGAUGAGGUAGUCAUUCAAAAAUCAUGGUAAACUAUUAUUGCACACAGAGUGAGUCCAUGCAACUUAUUAUGUGACUUAUUAAGCUAUUUAUUUGGACCAUUGUGGGAUAUUGUGUGUAUGCCAGUGACACAAAAUCUAAAUUUUAUCCAUUUUAAAUUCAGGCUGCAACACAACAAAAUGUGGAAAAAGUCAAGAGGUGUGAAAUAUUUUCUGAAGGCACUGUAUGUUGAUAUUGAUAUAUUUUUGUUUAUUUGUCAGUGGCCAUCUGAAAUUUGAACAUUAAUUCUGGUAUUGGAUGCACUGCACCAGAAUUAGCACAAUUUUACCUGCAGUCUUUGAUAAAACAAUGACAAAAUCUAAAUGAAAUCAAAUGAAUACACCCCAAAACCUGGACAUAAAUGAUAGAAAGGUAUGCAUAGACAUGAAAUGAUUUAAAAAUAAAGAUGAUAACUCAAUAAGUAUUUUAUUAUAUUUAUGCCAUCAAUUGAAUUAGAUAUGCAUGCAAAUGUGUAAUGGGUCUCACUGAGAAUGAUGGUUUGUAUAUUUCAUGUUUGAGAGAGGGAAUAAUUGAAUAUUGUAUUCAACAUCUAACAAGGAAUUAGUUUGCUCAUCGAUUUGAAGGAUAAUUUUAGCAGAACCAUUGCUAGCUGUCUGUGUCUAUACAAAGUGCUGUGAAACGAUCAAAGAGCGUUUUGUUGUUAUUCUUAGUACAUUCAGCGCAGAGUCUUUGUAGCCCUCAGCUGUGUGGAGGACAUUUACAAUGCCUCCUGGCAUCUUUGGUUGCUUCAUCCUUUAAAGUGAUGAUCCAAAGCUUUGUAAAAUUUCAGCCAGUGGUUUUCAAAGUACUGCUCACGAACCAAAAUGGGUCCCCGAAAAUUAUGCACAAUUGUGUGGUACGUCAUCCAUUUUGUAUGAUAUGUUACGUCGUACAAUAUGUUUCAAAUUUGUAAGUGCAUAAGAUCUCGGACUGCAUCUUUAAG